UCUGUCAUUGACAUAACCAAGCUUGACCUUGGUAAUGAAAUUUGAGCAUCAAUUGAGAUACAAAUCAACACUCACGAAGCGUAACUUGGUGCGCGAGAGACGAGUUUCUCUCAACAACUCUCCACCGGCUCUACAGUCUGCCGGCUGACAGUCGUUGUUCGCCCGUUGUCCAGAAUGGACGGACUGCAGAGUAUCUUUUUGGCGAUCUUCGUCACACUGUUUCUCGGACUCGCUACCUCUGCAUGGCUCUUCCUGGACAGACGACGCAAUUACUGGAAGACACGAAACUUUCCAUGCAGUAGCAAUCCGGUGCUGUUCUUUGGAGAUUACAAAGAUACUAACAAAACUGAGCACAUGUCCAAAACCAAUCAGCGGUUGUACCAGGACUUCAAAGCUCGGCAAUUGCCCGUUGGCGGGUCCAUUCUGUUUGUGAUCCAGUCAGCGAUCGUGAUCGAUCCUGAGCUAAUCAAAGCGAUUCUGGUGAAGGAUUUUUCCACAUUUCACGACCGUGGAGUCUACAACAAUCCUGAAGUUGAUCCCCUAUCAGGACAUCUGUUUGCGCUAGAAGGUCAACCAUGGCGUCAGCUAAGGAUGAAACUGUCGCCAACGUUUACUUCGGGCAAGAUGAAGAUGAUGUUUGAGACUAUUCUGGGCGUGGCGGAUGAGCUGCGCAGUUACCUGGGUGAGAAGGUCGGUUCGGAAGGUUCCGCUGAAGUGAUGAUGAAGGAUUUGCUAGUUGGAUUCACCACGGAUGUCAUUGGGAGUUGUGCCUUCGGACUUGAGUGCAAUAGUUUACGCAGUGAAAAGUGUCUAGUUCGAGAGAUUGCCUUGCAAGUGUUUCAGCAGAGUAAGCUGCAGGUUUUAAAAAUGAUGUUCAUGAUGAUUUUCAAGGGGAUUGCUACGACAUUCAAGAUGCGGUCACUUCCGGCAGCUGUUGAAAAGUUCUUCAUUGAAUUGGUUCACGACACGGUUCGGCAGCGUGAGAAGAACAACGUUCAGCGGAAUGACUUUAUGAACUUGUUGAUCCAGCUAAAGAACAGUGAAGAUCCAGACGCGCGGAUAACCAUGGACGAAAUGGCUGCGCAAUCUUUUGUCUUUUUUCUGGCAGGAUCUGAAACAUCUUCGACGGCAAUGGUCAAUUGUAUGUAUGAGUUAGCCAUGAACCAGGACAUACAGGACAAGCUGCGGAACGAGAUUACACGGGUUUGUGGUAAAGGAAAGCUUACCUACGAGGCGGUUAACUCCGUGGAGUAUCUUAACAUGGUCAUUGACGAAACUCUUCGCAAGCACCCAUCGGUGGACUUUCUGAUGAGGACGUCCAACAGCGAUUUCCCCGUUCCCAACAGCGACCUCACGAUCCCCAAGGGCACCUUCCUGAUAGUCCCAACCUACGCGCUGCAGCACGAUCCCGACCACUACCCGGAUCCGGACCGGUUCGAUCCGGAGCGUUUCAACGAAACCAACCGCGCAAGCCGCCACCCGUUCGUGUAUCUGCCCUUUGGGGAAGGUCCGCGGAAUUGUAUCGGCAUGCGGUUCGGAUUGAUGCAGAUCCGGGUUGGGCUGAUUACGAUGCUGCGCGAGUUCCGGGUGCUACCAGGCGUGAAUACCCCCGUACCGUUGGAACUGGAUGUGACGUCGAAUAUGCCCAUGCCAAAAGGAGGUGUUCCGCUGCUGGUGGAACGGAUUUAGAUUUUCAUGAAGUUUUGAAAACACCAAAUUAUAAAAUGAAAAAAAAAAAAAAAACGCUGAAAAUUGGAUAAUUUUGAGGUUUUAUUGUUGUCAUAAUGUUACUAAAGUUUCAUUGAAAAAUCCCAUAUUUUUUUCGUUUGUUCCUACUACUGUCCAUUCCUUUUUGUUCCUUUGAAAAAUGUUCAAACCCCGAGCUGAAACGUCGGGCAUUUUCAAACAACUAA